AUGCAAUCAAACAGAUCAAAAAAUUUAUCAGUUUAUAGUGUUGAAGCCAUGGGAUCAGCUUAUGCUUUCUGGGCUCUCCUUUCACUUGUCCUGUUUGUAAGCAUUAUAGAUGCAAGACCCGACCCUCGAGAAUACUGGAAAGGUGUCAUGAAAGAUCAACCCACGCCUGAAGUAAUUCAGAAUCUUAUCCGUAAGGGUACGGAGGCACCUCAUCUAUCUGAUAAAAAAAACGAUUGUCAAACAUCAAUGGAGACGGCAAAAAAUGAUAAGCUUGUUGGGAAUUUUGAGAAUACAAAAGAUCAACUUUCUACGAAAGAAUUUCAAGCAAGAUCUAAUCCCAAAAGCUACAGAUCCUAUGGCGAUACUCAACCAAUGGAAGAUGAGUUGUCGGUGAAAGAGUUUGAACCAAGACCUAAUCCCAAAGUCUACGAAGCCUAUGCUGAUGCCAUGCCAAUAGAAGACAAGUCUUUGGUGAAAAAAAUUUGA